GAUAACUUAUCCAUUUUCCAUUACUUUUCAGUAUAACAAUACCUAGCACGCACAUGUGUCUAAUGCGUCGAAUUUUUUUCCCUCCGUCAAAUCAAGAGGUUUACUGUGGUUGUAUUUUUAAAACUUUACUGUUUCCUUUUGGGUAUUGCUGCCAUAAAGUGUUCUUAAGAGAAUGGAUAAGAGAAAAAGAACUCGGAAAAAUAAUACAUCCAACAAAGAAAGUCAACAGGCUCAUUUAGAACAUCCAGAAAAAAUUAAAUCUGCUGUAUUAGCACUGGUGAACAACAAUAUGAAGAUUAGAAAAGCAGCUGUACAUAAAAACAGCCCCUGGUAAAUUCAUGUUCCCAGAAAAGAAAGAUGAUCUUAUUGUAAGGGAAGACAUUGUCGCCAAACGUCCAGUUCCAUUUAUGUCGGGGGGAACAAGAGCU